AUGCUGUACUACCAUUUUGCUGGCGGCGGGUGCUCUGGUAUGUGGGGGUGGUGCUUCAAUGCCGUUUUCAAUGCUUCGCUUCUGGCGCUUUUUGUUGAUUUCCAUGGGAAGAGCUACGCUGCUGCCGCGAAGAAGAGGAAGGCCUCCGCGGCGGAGAAGAUUGGUUCCGGAGACGGCGGUGGCGAUAAAGCUGGAAACUCUUGCCUCCGGCGACUUUGUUGGUCCGGCGGUCCCUGCAAUCAAUUUUCCUCAGGCGAGAAGUAA